AUGGAGGUUGGGGACGAUUGGGAGCUCUGUUUCCCAGAAAUCCCCAAUAUCUCCUGCUGGAAGCCACCGUCUACUUGGCCUGAAACAUUGUUCAUUGACUUUGCACUGUACUCCAUCUCUGUGCUCACUGCUUUCCUCAACCUGCUCAUCAUCAUCUCAGUCUCCCACUUCAGGCAGCUCCACACACCCACCAACAUCCUCCUCCUCUCUCUGGCUGUCUCAGAUUUUCUUGUGGGCCUCCUGCUGAUGCCAAUAGAUGCAGUAAAAAGAACACAUUGCUGGUUUCUUGGUGACUUUUUUUGUUCUGUCUUUAGGUUUCUGGUCGACAUCAUUCUCUCUGCUUCAGUCGUAAACAUGGUGCUCAUAUCAGUUGACCGCUAUUUGGCUAUUUGUGACCCUCUGCAUUACACCACCAGAAUCACUGUGAAUAGAGUUAAAGUCUGUGUUUGUCUUUUAUGGUUCUGUUCUGUUGCCUACAAUGUUUACUUCUUUCUCCUCCAUGUUUACCAACAAUUAUACAUUACUCCUUGCUAUGGAGAUUGUGCUACUUUAAUUGAUAACAUUGGUGCUUUCCUUGAUCUUGUUUUAAACUUUUUUGUUCCUGUUACUGUCAUCAUAGUUUCGUACAUGAGAGUAUUUGUUGUGGCUGUGUCUCAAGCUCGUGCCAUGCACUCUCAAAUUACAGCUGUCACAAAGCAGAUUUCAGUGACUAAAACAGCAAAGAAAUCUGAGCUGAAAGCAGCCAGGACUCUUGGUGUUUUGGUAGUUGUGUUUCUAAUGUGUUUCACACCAAGUUACUUUACAAUUUUAGUAGGGCCAAUAUCCCGUAGUCAUUCAACUGCAAACUUUAUUCAGUAUCUGUACUAUUUUAACUCUUUUCUAAACCCUUUGAUUUAUGGCUUGUUUUACCCCUGGUUCAGAAAAUCAGUUAAACUCAUUGUUACUCUUCAGAUACUGCAGCCUGGCUCCUGUGAGGCCAACAUACUGUAG